UUUCUAUCUGUACUUUAUUAAAAGAGAAAAGCUCAGCAGAAGCAGAACUUGACGACCCAAAUACCAUCUUCAGCGAUUGGCGUCUCAGAUCACUUUUAACCAUGGCAGCAAAAUACAUUGUUGGUGCUGUAUUGGGAACUUUUGGCUUUGCAUAUGUGAUGGAUAAUUUGAUUUCUGACCAGAAGCUAUUUGGAGGAAAGACACCUAAAACGGUUGCAAAUAAGGAAUGGUAUGAUGAAACUGAUAAGAAGUUCCAGGCAUGGCCUCGUACCGCCGGACCACCAGUGAUGAUGAAUCCUAUCAGUCGCCAGAAUUUUAUUAUCAAGUCCCAUUCUGAAUCUUGAAGAGGCUAUCAGUUCUCGGCUUGUUUCCUUUGAUUUAGCCACAUAGCAGUUCAUUGAUCUUCAAGAUUAGUUUCACAUGGAUUUACAGGCAAUGGUUGUAAAUGGAGUUCAGCCACUUCUACCAUUGUAGAUUUUUGAACAAGGAAUUGUUACAUAAUUUCAUGGAUAUUUUUUUUAAUCAAAUAAUUGUCAUGGCAGUAAUAUGAACACAUAAUGUGGGAAUUCACUAAGCUGUUUGCCAUGAAGUUAAUUUUUCUGUGUUUGAACUGCUGGAAAUUCAUAUAGAGUGUAGCCGUGUCCGCAAAACCA